AUGCAACUGAACGGUAGCUGCACCAAUCUGAAGAUUAUCGCUGGAUCCGAGUUGGUCGCAGUGGCGCUGCUAAGCGCGAAGUAUGGAACGGAGUGCCUAGAGCGAGUUUCACGCCACUUGCAUGAGUUGAAGCAUCAAUAUGAACUCCUAAUUCGUUUCGAAGAAGAGACGUAUGGUUUAUGGGGGCUAUAUCAACAGGCUGUCGUCGGAAAUAUAAAUGUUCCAAAACUCGACUACAUCGAUCCAGUCGAAGAGUCGUGGAUGUGGGGAUGGAUAAAAGGUAACGAGAAAUGGCACGCAUGGAAUAAGUGCAAAGAGCGCAAAGUGAAAUACAACUAUAUCUACCCAAACAGCGUGAAAGCUUACAUUGAGGGAGUUCGCUCGUUGGAGAAACGCCUUCCAGAUCUGGUAGAAGACUGGAAAGAUGAUCAAGACCCACGAAUCCCGGAUAGAAAUCGCUAUGUACCUGAGGACGAACGAGAGGAGAUCGACCGUAUCACUCGGGAGGGAAAAUUGGCCAGACGUGCGAGAGAUGCAGAGCAACGAGCAAAAGAGGAAGCUUUAGGAUGGUGGGACGAAUAG